AUGGCGGGAGCAUCUGUGAAGGUGGCGGUGCGAGUGCGUCCGUUCAACUCCCGUGAGAUGGGCCGGGAUUCCAAAUGCAUCAUCCAGAUGACAGGAAACACCACCACCAUCGUUAACCCAAAGCAGCCCAAAGAGACGCCCAAAAGCUUCAGCUUUGACUAUUCCUAUUGGUCUCACACCACGCCCGAAGACAUCAAUUAUGCAUCUCAGAAGCAGGUGUACCAGGACAUCGGGGAGGAAAUGUUGCAGCAUGCCUUUGAGGGCUAUAAUGUCUGUAUCUUUGCCUAUGGGCAGACAGGCGCUGGCAAAUCCUACACCAUGAUGGGGAGGCAGGAGAAGGAUCAGCAAGGCAUCAUCCCACAGCUGUGCGAGGACCUCUUCUCCCGAAUCAACGACACCACGAAUGACAACAUGUCCUAUUCUGUGGAGGUGAGCUACAUGGAGAUAUAUUGUGAGCGUGUGCGGGACCUGCUGAAUCCCAAGAAUAAGGGGAACCUGAGGGUAAGGGAGCACCCCCUCCUGGGUCCCUAUGUAGAGGACCUCUCCAAGCUGGCUGUCACUUCCUACAAUGACAUCCAGGACCUGAUGGACUCUGGGAAUAAAGCCAGGACGGUCGCUGCCACAAACAUGAACGAAACCAGCAGCCGAUCGCACGCUGUCUUCAACAUCAUCUUCACCCAGAAACGGCACGAUGCAGAAACCGACGUCACCACUGAGAAGGUCAGCAAAAUCAGCUUGGUCGACCUGGCUGGGAGUGAACGGGCCGACUCUACAGGGGCCAAGGGCACAAGGCUAAAGGAGGGAGCGAACAUCAACAAGUCUCUGACCACACUGGGGAAGGUCAUCUCUGCGCUGGCUGAAAUGGAUUCGGGGCCCAAUAAGAACAAGAAGAAGAAAAAGUCAGACUUCAUCCCGUACCGGGACUCCGUGCUGACCUGGCUCCUCCGGGAAAACCUGGGUGGUAACUCCAGGACUGCUAUGGUUGCUGCUCUCAGCCCUGCUGAUAUCAACUACGAUGAGACCCUCAGUACUUUAAGGUAUGCUGACCGUGCCAAACAGAUCAGAUGCAACGCUGUCAUUAAUGAGGAUCCUAACAAUAAGCUGAUCAGGGAGCUGAAGGAUGAGGUGGCUCGUCUGAGAGAUCUGCUCUACGCCCAAGGUCUUGGAGACAUCAUUGACACUAACACUGCUCCAGGACGACCUAAAUACAUGACCGACUUUGAGAACAAUAAUGGUAACCGUAGCCUGGCAGAACUGAGUCAACGCCCUGACAAUCUCUCCACAGUGACCAAUGCCUUAGUGGGGAUGAGCCCGUCCUCCUCGCUGUCAGCCUUGUCCAGCCGAGCUGCCUCUGUCUCCAGCCUCCAUGAACGGAUCAUGUUUGCUCCAGGCAGUGAAGAGGCCAUUGAGAGGCUGAAGGAAACAGAGAAGAUCAUUGCUGAGCUGAACGAGACCUGGGAAGAAAAGUUGCGGAGGACAGAAGCAAUCCGCAUGGAGAGGGAAGCUUUGCUGGCAGAAAUGGGCGUGGCCAUGAGAGAAGAUGGAGGCACCCUGGGUGUGUUCUCUCCUAAAAAGACACCUCACCUGGUCAAUCUCAAUGAGGACCCGCUGAUGUCUGAAUGCCUUCUGUACUACAUUAAGGAUGGGAUAACCAGGGUUGGCCGAGAGGACGCAGAGAGGAGGCAGGACAUCGUGCUGAGCGGACACUUCAUUAAGGAAGAGCACUGCAUUUUCCGCAGCAACACCAAGGCCGGUGGCGAAGUAGUGGUGACACUAGAACCUUGCGAAGGGGCCGACACCUACGUCAAUGGCAAAAAAGUGAUGGAACCCAGUGUCCUGCGAUCCGGAAACCGAAUCAUCAUGGGGAAGAGCCACGUGUUCCGAUUCAACCACCCUGAACAGGCUCGCCAGGAACGGGAGCGGACCCCAUGUGCAGAGACCCCCGCGGAGCCAGUGGACUGGGCCUUCGCGCAGCGAGAGCUGCUGGAGAAACAAGGCAUUGACAUGAAGCAGGAGAUGGAGCAGAGGCUUCAGGAACUGGAGGACCAAUACCGCAAAGAGAGAGAAGAGGCCAACUAUCUUCUUGAGCAGCAGAGGCUGGACUAUGAGAGUAAACUGGAGGCUUUACAGAAGCAGAUGGACUCCAGGUAUUAUCCUGAGGCCAAUGAGGAAGAGGAAGAGCCCGAAGAUGAAGUACAGUGGACUGAGCGGGAGUUUGAGCUGGCCCUCUGGGCCUUCAGGAAGUGGAAGUGGUACCAAUUCACGUCUCUCCGGGACCUUCUGUGGGGCAAUGCAAUUUUCUUAAAGGAGGCCAAUGCCAUUAGCGUGGAGCUGAAGAAGAAAGUCCAGUUCCAGUUCGUCCUCCUCACAGACACUCUUUACUCCCCUCUGCCUCCCGACCUGCUGCCCCCCAAUGCUGCCAAAGACCGAGAGAAACGGCCCUUCCCACGAACCAUUGUGGCUGUGGAGGUGCAGGACCAGAAGAAUGGAGCAACACAUUACUGGACUCUGGAGAAACUCAGACAGCGGCUGGACCUGAUGCGUGAAAUGUACGACAGGGCAGCAGAAGUGCCUUCUAGCAUCCUUGAGGACUGUGACAACGUCGUGACCGGUGGAGAUCCCUUCUACGACCGCUUCCCCUGGUUCAGACUGGUUGGCAGUUCAGAUAUCUCUGGCUGCAACAGCUCUCCUCUUUUCAACACAUGCAUGAGCGAGCGCAUGGCUGAUCUCACCCCCUCCCCCACCUUCUCGAACCCCGACUCCGACAUCACCGAGCCUGCUGACGAGCAGCACGUGGGGAAGGAGGAGGAGGAGGAGGAGGAGGACCUGGAGGAAGACAUCUUUCCGGAGUACCCGCUGUAUGAUGGCCGGGAUCCAUUUUACGACCGCUCCCCCCUGUUCAGUUUAGUAGGAAGGGCAUUCGUGUAUCUCAGCAACCUGUUGUACCCAGUGCCGCUAGUGCACCGUGUUGCCAUCGUCAGCGAGAAGGGUGAGGUGAAAGGCUUCCUGCGCGUGGCAGUCCAGGCUAUCUCAGCGGAUGAAGAAGCCCCGGAUUAUGGUUCAGGAGUACGGCAGUCAGGGACAGCCAAAAUAUCCUUUGAUGAUCAGCACUUUGAGAAGUUCCAGUCUGAGGCCUGUCCCAUGGCGGGGAUGUCUCGUUCAGGGACCUCGCAGGAGGAACUGCGGAUUGUUGAAGGCCAGGGGCAGAUAACUGACAUCGGACCUUCUGCAGAUGAAGUCAACAACAACACCUGUGCAGUGACUCCAGAUGAUCUCCUCCUCGACAGUCCAGAGAAAGUUGCUCUAGAUGACCCAUUGGAAGCAGUUCUGGACCAUCUGACACUGGGCAGCAUCUUCACCUUCCGAGUGACAGUUCUGCAAGCCUCCAGCAUCUCUGCAGAAUAUGCAGAUAUCUUCUGCCAGUUUAACUUUAUCCAUCGUCACGAUGAGGCCUUUUCAACGGAGCCCUUGAAGAACACAGGACGAGGACCACCUCUAGGGUUCUAUCAUGUCCAGAACAUUGCGGUGGAGGUGACCAAGUCAUUCAUUGAGUACAUCAAGAGCCAACCGAUUGUGUUUGAGGUGUUUGGGCAUUAUCAGCAACAUCCCUUCCCUCCUCUCUGCAAGGACGUGCUCAGCCCACUGAGACCAUCCCGACGCCACUUCCCCCGGGUCAUGCCAUUGUCCAAGCCAGUGCCAGCGACGAAGCUGAGCACCCUGGCGCGCCCCAGCGCCGGGCCCUGCCAGUGCAAAUAUGAUCUGAUGGUCUUCUUUGAGAUCUGCGAGCUGGAGGCCAAUGGCGAUUACAUUCCUGCCGUCGUUGAUCACCGUGGAGGGAUGCCGUGCCUCGGAACCUUCCUGCUCCACCAGGGAAUCCAGAGGAGGAUCACCGUGACCUUAGUGCAUGAAAACAGCAGCCUCGUCCGCUGGAAAGAAGUGCGAGAGCUGGUUGUAGGUCGGAUCCGAAACACCCCAGAAGGGGACGAGUCUCUGAUUGACCCCAACAUCUUGUCUCUGAACAUCCUGUCGUCUGGAUACGUCAACCCCUCCCAGGAUGAUCGAACGUUUUACCAGUUUGAAGCAGCGUGGGACAGCUCCAUGCAUAACUCCCUGCUGUUGAACCGAGUCACCCCUUACAGAGAGAAAAUCUUCAUUACCCUGUCUGCUUACAUUGAGAUGGAGAACUGCACCCAGCCAGCUGUGAUCACCAAAGAUUUCUGUAUGGUCUUCUACUCCAGAGAUGCCAAACUUCCAGCAUCUCGCUCCAUCCGCAAUCUCUUUGGCAGCGGGAGCCUGCGAGCCUCGGAGAGUAACCGUGUGACUGGGGUGUAUGAGCUCAGCCUUUGCCGUGUGGCUGAUGCCGGCAGUCCAGGUAUGCAGAGACGACGCAGGCGUGUGCUGGACACCUCUGUUGCAUAUGUGCGGGGUGAGGAGAACCUGGCUGGGUGGAGACCUCGAAGUGACAGCCUCAUCCUGGAUCAUCAGUGGGAACUGGAGAAACUCAGCCUCCUACAAGAGGUUGAGAAGACGAGGCAUUACCUGCUCCUACGCGAGAAACUGGAGACGACCCAAAGAUCAGGCCUGGAGUCCCUGUCCCCAUGUUCCAGUGAGGAUUCCGACUCCCAUAGCACUUCCUGUGUCUCCUCUCCACUCUCGGCAGAUGGUGCCUCAGAGGGCAGGAGCUCACCCUUGGAGACCCCCAGCGAGAGGCAGAAAGAGCUUGCCGUCAAGUGCUUGCGUCUCCUCACACAUACAUUUAACAGAGAGUACAGUCACAGCCAUGUCUGUAUCAGCGCCAGCGAGAGCAAGCUGUCAGAAAUGUCUGUGACCCUGCUGAGAGACCCCUCCAUGCCAGCUCUUGGUGUCACCACCCUGACUCCCUCUUCCACCUGUCCAUCACUGCUAGAAGGACGGUAUAAUGCCACUGAGGUCAGAACCUCCCAUCUCUCUUCCAGGGCAGAAAGCCCUGAGCCAGAACCUGUAGUGGAGGGAGAACAGAAGAAAUCUCCUACACAUGGGCCUGAAGAUGAGAAAGAGACCCAGCGCUUACUGGUCCCCGAUAUUCAGGAGAUCCGGGUGAGUCCCAUUGUCUCAAAGAAAGGCUACCUGCACUUCCUCGAGCCUCACACCAAUGGCUGGGUGAAGCGCUAUGUGGUGGUGAGGCGCCCCUAUGUCUACAUCUACAACACGGACAAGGAUUCUGUGGAGAGAGCCAUCCUCAACCUCUCCUCCGCUCAGGUGGAGUACAGUGAGGACCAGCAGGCCAUGCUCAAGACCCCCAACACGUUUGCAGUAUGCACGGAGCAUCGUGGAAUCCUGCUGCAGGCAAGCAGCGACAAGGAUAUGCACGACUGGCUGUAUGCAUUUAACCCUCUGCUAGCUGGAUCCAUAAGAUCCAAGCUGUCCAGAAGGAGAACAGCCCAGAUGAGAAUCUAA